UUUGUUUGAGUAAACCCUCGGGUUUGUGUAGUCUCGCUUGUCGCAGUGAAGAUGAGUGUUGUUGCGGCUCUCCUGCUGGUGUUCCUGAGCGGAUCCCCAGAGUUCGCCGAAGCCUGCAGCUGCUCUCCUGAACAUCCCCAGCAAGCCUAUUGCAAUGCGGAUGUCGUCAUCAGAGCCAAAGUAGUCGGACGGAAGGAGGUGGUUACCGGCAAUGAUGCCUAUGGCUAUCCAAUCAAAAUGAUCCGAUAUGACGUCAAACAGAUGAAGAUGUACAAGGGCCCUGAGGGAGAGGUCGAGACCGUCUUGACGGGCCCCUCCUCAGCGCUGUGCGGGGUCACUCUCGAGAGCAAUGGCAAGAAGGAAUACCUGAUCACAGGGAAACUGGAUUCCAAUGACACGUUGCGUGUGAAUCUUUGCGACUACAUUGAAUCUUGGGAGUCUCUGAGUCUGACACAGAAAAAGAGCUUGGGUGAACGCUAUCAGAUGGGCUGUGAUUGCAAGGUGGUCCAGUGCUCCGGCGUCCCCUGCUCCAUCAGCGGCCCCACAGAGUGCCUGUGGACGGACUGGGUGGUGGAGGGAACGGUUCAGGGCACUCAGGCUCAGCUCUACACCUGUGUGAAGAGGAACGACAGCAGCUGCGCCUGGUACCGGGGAUUCGCUCCGCCGAAAAAAGAUUUCAUGGACAUUGAAGAGCCGUAAACUAGUCCUCAGUUUCAUCAGUCAUUCAGAAAACCCCCAAAACACAGCUACCAACACACACCUUGAUUCUGCAA